CACAUUUAAUAACUCUGUGGCCUUUCACUACCCACGAGAAACCUGUUUUUCCUUCAGCUCCCAUUUUUCUGAUUUUUAAAAUUACACAUUUCUUCUUCUUCACUCACUGCAUCACUAACUCAUUUCUUCCAUUAAUGUCUAUUUCUAACCUUUAAAAAUCCUUUAAAUUAAGUAUAGAUAUUGAUUAUUAAUUCAACAGAAAUGCCACAAGAAAGCAAUUGCAAGAACUUAAGAGGAUUGAAAUCGUUGAGCUGUGAAGCUUCUUCUUACACUGACGACAUCAUCAAUGACCAUCAAUUAGCUCAAAGAAAAGCUGAACAAGCAGCUUCAAGGAGGAGCGAAGCAGCAGAAUGGCUAAGGAAAAUGGACAAAGGUGCAUCAGGCAGCUUGCCCAAACAACCCACAGAGGAACAAUUUUGCCUUGCUCUAAGAAAUGGUCUCAUUCUUUGCAAUGUCCUCAACAAAGUCAAUCCUGGUGCUGUCCUCAAGGUGGUGGAGAAUCCAAUACUUGCAGUGCAGUCAACAGAAGCUGCAGCACAGUCUGCAAUUCAGUAUUUUGAAAACAUGAGAAAUUUUUUGGUGGCUGUUAAAGAUAUGAAACUCCUCACUUUUGAAGCAUCUGAUUUGGAGAAGGGAGGCUCAUCAAGUAAGGUUGUGGACUGCAUUCUUUGUCUGAAAGGAUAUUAUGAAUGGAAGCAAGCAGGAGGAAUUGGGGUAUGGAGAUAUGGAGGGCUUGUGAAGAUUGUUUCGUUCCCAAAAGAGUCUCCGUCUUCCUUGGUUGGAAGCGAAAGUGCUGAUGAGUCCAUUGAUGAUUCGGAAUCUUCACAAUAUGAACAACUAUUAGACUUUCUCCAUCUUUCUAAUGAUGUUUCAGUUGAAGAAUCUAAAACUGCAAAUGCUCUUGCAUUUCUUUUUGACCGUUUUGGACUUGGACUCCUUCAAGCUUACCUUAAAGAGAGCAAUGGAAUCGAAGAACUUCCUUUGAAUGCAAUGGUAAUAGAUGCUUUACUCAGUAAGGUAGUUAAAGAUUUUUCUGCAUUGCUUGUUUCUCAAGGCACACAGCUUGGACUAUUUCUGAAAAAAAUGCUAAAGAAUGAUUUUGGUUCUUUAUCAAAAGCUGAACUAAUAGAAGCUAUUUCACAAUAUCUUAAGAAAAGAACCAACUUGGUAUCAAGUGAUUUCUCAAAGUUUUGUGUUUGUGGUGGCAAACAAGAAGUUAUUCAUCACUCUUUUGCUGACAUUCAAAUAGUUGAUUGUCAUCAGAAGGAGCUUCAGGAGCUAAGAUUGUACUACAAAACGAUGAAACGAGAAGUUAAACAAAGACAUGCAGUUUGGGAAGAUGAGCUCAAGAGACUUGAGAAUCAUAUAAAGGGCCUGGAAGUGGCAUCCAGUUGUUACCACAAAGUUUUGGAGGAAAAUCGCCAACUUUACAAUCAAGUUCAGGAUUUGAAAGGAACAAUCAGGGUCUAUUGCAGAGUGAGACCUUUCUUACCAGGCCAAUCAAAUCCGCAAUCCACUGUGGAUUAUAUUGGAGAGAAUGGAAAUAUCAUGAUUGUCCAUCCUCAUAAGCACGGAAAAGAUGCAAGAAGGAUAUUUUCUUUCAACAAAGUGUUUGGAACAAAUGUUACUCAAGAGCAAAUAUAUGGCAAUACGCAGCCGUUGAUCAGAUCUGUUCUAGAUGGUUAUAAUGUUUGCAUCUUUGCUUAUGGACAAACUGGAUCAGGAAAGACCUAUACAAUGAGCGGACCAGAUUUGACUAGUGAGGAAUCAUGGGGUGUGAACUAUAGAGCUCUUGAGGACUUGUUUCAGAUUUCAAAGACAAGGGCGAGUGCGAUAAAGUACGAAGUUGGAGUUCAGAUGAUAGAAAUAUACAAUGAACAAGUUCGAGAUCUACUAGUUAGUGAUGGAUCAAACAGAAGAUUAGACAUACGUAACAAUUCUCAAUUGAAUGGACUCAAUGUACCUGAUGCCAGCUGGGUUCCAGUUUCAAGCACUGAGGAUGUUCUUGACCUCAUGAGAAUCGGCCAAAGAAAUCGUGCCGUAGGUGCAACUGCUUUGAAUGAGCGAAGCAGUCGUUCACAUAGCAUUUUGACAGUUCAUGUGCUCGGAAAAGAGUUAGUUUCUGGAAACAUACUUAGAGGCUGCCUUCAUCUAGUGGAUUUAGCAGGAAGUGAAAGAGUGGAUAAGUCUGAAGCUGUAGGUGAGAGAUUAAGAGAAGCUCAACACAUUAAUCGAUCUCUCUCUGCUCUCGGAGAUGUGAUAUCUGCUCUUGCACAGAAGAAUGCACAUGUUCCUUACAGGAACAGCAAGCUUACACAAGUCUUACAGGACUCUCUAGGUGGGCAGGCUAAAACAUUGAUGUUAGUGCAUAUAAAUCCUGAAGUUAAUGCUAUUGGGGAGACAAUUAGUACACUGAAAUUUGCUGAGCGAGUUGCAUCUAUCGAACUUGGAGCAGCUCGAACGAACAAAGAAACUGGCGAAAUUCGAGAACUUAAAGAUGAGAUAUCAAAUUUGAAAGACAUGUUGGAGAAAAAAGAAUUGGAAUUAGAACAAACGAAAGCUGGAAAUAUUAGAAACGCAACAGAAACUCAGAAACCAAGAGCAGUUUCUCCAUUCUAUAUGCCAAGAUAUGGUACUACAAGCUCCAAUGUAAAAUCUGAGACUAGCCACCGACCAAAUGAUGAGCCUAGAAGUUGCCCUUCUGGCAAGCAAACAAGGUCAAGAUUUCCUUCAGCAUUCCCAGACAAGGAAACACAGCUGAAAUUCCCUUCUAUUGAAGAAAGGAUAUCAUCUCCUCCUGUUAGGCGAUCCAUUUCAACGGAUAGAGGAGCUAAUAGUAGGAGUAGGAUCAAAGCUGAAGCAGUUGAAAGAGUAGUCUUUCCGGUUAGAAUACCUGUUAAUAAAUCCGUGGCUACAAUGCCAGUAACCACAUCAACAGAAGCAGCAAAACCGGAUAACACAUCGAAUACAUUAUUUAACCUUCACAAGAGCAUCUCUAGGAAAAUAUACGCAGAACACGAAGAGGAACAGUUUAAACAAGCUCUUAAUAUAAGACAAGGAGGAAUUAGAAAAACCAAAAAUGAAAGUAAGACUAAGGCAAAGCAUCAAUUGCCUGUUAAGUUUCAGAAGUUUGAUGCAGGGAUGAUAAUGUCUUCUUCUAAUAUGGAUGCUAUUGAAAAGAUAGAGGAAUCACGGAAGAGUGACUUUUCAGAGCCUGAAAAUGCUAUUGAAAAGAUAAAGAAGCUUCAAAAGAACUUCUCAAGAAACUCUCAAAAUCUUGAACCAAGAGGAAUUGUGCAAGCUGUGGAACCAUUGCUGGCAGGGAAAUUUGAAAACAAGCUUCCCAGUAUAACAUUCCGCAAUGUGAAGGAAGGUGGCAAUACAUCUAUGCCUGAGUUCAGGCGGAGCCGAUCUACUCCUCGAGGGAAGUUUUUUAACCUACCCUGAUAUUUCAUGGCUUAUAUAUUUAUAUAUAGUAUUGAAUACAUACAUUUAAUUGAUAUUAAAUUUUUUGUA